UAUUACUAGCAAAGCAAGACUUAUCUCUAUUUAUGUAUGUCUUGUAAAUACUUACAUUACUUUUAAAGGCAUAAAGUGACGUGUAGCAAUGGAUACCCGAACCGUGCUCCUAUUAGCUACUGUUGCGAUUAAUUUAGGACAUUUAUCGGCAAGUCAAAAUACCAAUUGCGCUCGAGGGUACUGGGGAACAGAUUGCAAAAAUACAUGUCCCGGAAGAUGCUCAUACACUGGAUGUGACAAAGCUACCGGCUCUUGUUUUGAAUGCGACUCAGGAUAUCAUGGUAAAUAUUGUGACUAUCCGUGUCCGGUUCAUUGUGUCUGUGAUCGUCUCAAUACGAAAUGCACAUCCUGUGACAAUGGCUGGUACGGUAGUUCUUGCAAUAUACCGUGUCGCAGUAAUUGUGCCUUGUGUUCAAAAACUACGGGUGUGUGUUCGAGUUGUAAAAAUGGUUGGUAUGGGACCAGUUGUACUGCACAGUGCUCCAUAGGAUGCAACAGAUAUUAUUGUUCGAAGUCAAGCGGAUACUGUUCAAGUUGUAAAGUAGGCUGGUUUGGGUCAAAAUGUGAAAAACAAUGUCCAGUCAGCUGUCAUAACGGAUGUCAUAAAAGUUCCGGUUAUUGCAGUUACUGCAAUUCUGGGUUUUGGGGUUCUAAAUGUUCAAGUGUUUGCCCGAAAAAUUGUGAAAGUUGUGAUAAAUCUAAAGGGACAUGUCAGUUUUGUCCUAACGGUUACUGGGGAAGUAACUGUUUGCAAACGUGCAGUACUAACAAUUGCAAAAUGUGUGAUAAAAAUACAGGUAGUUGUAAAACUUGCAACAAUGGAUUUUGGGGAUCUACCUGUAACUACGUAUGCAACAACUGCUCAACUGGAAAAUGCGACAUUACUACCGGCGUUUGUGAGACAUGUCCAGAUGGGUUUGCAGGAGAACACUGCAAUAUCAGGUGUGAUAUUUCAAACUGUAACAACUGGUAUUGUGACAAAGAGCGAGGAUUUGCGUGUUCAAGUUGCGAUAACGGAUUUUGGGGAACGUUUUGUGAGAAACAAUGCAGUAUGAAUAACACCUGUAGAUACUGCGACAAAAGUACGGGGAAUUGUCGGGCUUGUAAUAUCGGAUAUUGGGGAACAUUUUGCGAGAACACAUGCAUGGAUAAUAUCGGAUGUAGAUAUUGUGACAGGAACACAGGACUAUGUAGUUCAUGUGAAAGUGGAUUUUGGGGAAAUGGUUGUGAUAAGAAAUGUAAUAAAAAUUGCUACAGUACAUGCAGUACAGCUACAGGAAAAUGUUCGUCUUGCAAACCCGGUUUUUGGGGAACAUUUUGUGACAAGAAAUGUACGGAAAAUAGCAGCUGUAGAUAUUGCAGCAGGAAUACCGGACUAUGUACUUCAUGCGUUAGUGGAUAUUGGGGAACACUUUGUGAGAAGGGUUGUAAUAAAAACUGCCGCAAUAGCUGCAAUAAAGAUACUGGUAAAUGCUUGUCUUGCAAAGCCGGAUUCUGGGGAACACUUUGUGAGAACAAAUGCCUGGUAGGAGACAGAUGUCUUUAUUGUGGCAAGUCCAAUGGAAAAUGUGAAACAUGCGUAAUCGGUUUCUGGGGUAAUUCGUGUGAAAAGAAUUGCUCAUCUCACUGUGCAGGACAUUGCGAUCAAGAGAAAGGAACGUGUUUAUCCUGCAAACCUGGAUUAAGUGGCUUAACAUGUGAUACUGCAUGUGAAAAUGUCAACUGUGAAAUUUGCAAACGCUAUGGUGACAUUCAUUCCUGUACCAAAUGCCGAGCCGGAUUCUGGGGUCAAAACUGCGACAUUCAGUGCAAAUCUGAACAAUGCAUUGAAUGCGACAUGAAUGAAGGACGCUGUACCCUAUGCGAUGACGGAUUUUGGGGAAAAUCCUGCCAUUUAAGAUGUCAUGAAGCGUGUAAAUGCUGCAAUGUUAGUUCCGGAACAUGUUAUCAAGAAAACUACUGCUUGAGAACAAAAAAUAUGUACAGCACGUCAG